UUUGUAGGUCUUCAAACGAGAAAAAGUAGAUAUGUUUCUUAUCAUAGUUACAUUCGUUUCAUUACAUACGUUAUUUUCCAUAAUUACAAACAGGAUGUGAUAACGCGGUAAUCAAGUACCUAAUAUAAACCACUUUAAUAGAUAAGAAACAUUUGAGUCGAUUUAUGAUCGGUUAAAUUCUUAUAUUUAAGACCAUUUUAUGUAAGGUCAUAAAUCAAUCAUAAAACCACAUUAAUAUCUUAAGGCUAUUGUCAAUGCUAAUUAAAAUAGCGACAUAAGGGAUUAUUUAUAAAUAUUUUGUUUAAAAAAUACUAGCAAUAUACAGCAUAUCAAAUAUGCCAAGUAUCUAACACUGUAAGAGAAUCUUGUUUUUUUUACUGUAUGUCACGAUAUAUGUAAAAAUAUUUAGAGAAAAUUUUCCCGAUCAAAUUUUCUUCGUUUUCUUCAAUAUAAUUUUUAUGAUAGAACGAAACGUAUCGAAUUUUACUUUGGAUUAUAAGAAUGUAAAAUAGUCAAAAAAUUAUAAACAAUAAUUAACCAAUAAUUCCAUAGAAAGAAGGUAGUCAUGCCAUUUAAUAUGCUACUUCCUUGUAAUUUCUUAAAUCUGCAGCGCAACUCAUGAACAAAAUGAUAUCCGUAUAAACACUGAAUGUAAUGAGAGAGAGAGAGAGAGAGAGAGAGAGAGAGAGAGAGAGAAAGAAGGAGAGACGAAUGUAGUACCAAAAGUAAAUUAGAUUACUUUUUAUAAUAAACAGUUAUGGGUGAUUAAACUUUGAUUAAUUUAAUCAAUAAUUAAUUUAAUUAGCAGAAUUAUUUAUAUCAAAAUUUUUACCUGCAUAAUUUCCUUAUCUUUCUUCCCAUGGAUAACAAAUUAAUUGUCAUAAUUAAGUAAAUCGAAAUUUAUUUGAAGUUUUCGCUCUAUAUCACGGAGCAAUUAUCAAAAUACAAAUCGAAUUAUUUGCACGUGCCGAGUAUGUCUGCCGAUUGUCUAUUAACACACAAUUAAGGAUAAUUAUGAAAAUAACAUGCCUUGACGGACAAAUAUGACGAUACAGAUACCUCGGAUGUUAAAAACAGUGAUUAGAAGUUGCGUGUAUAAUCUCGGGCCAGCAUUAAAAUAAUAGCGUUGAUGUAAUGAGGGUAAAGGAAGAAAGAAAAAAAGAAGUUGCAAUGCAUAAAUACAGCUGCGUACAUGAUACCUUAGUUUAUUCCACUUCUGUAUAACCUGUGAAAAUUGUUGCGUUCGCAUUGAAAAUUUCGUAUUUUACUCGACGAGCAGCUGCGAAAUGGCACUCAUAACGGCUUACUGGGGCCUGGAUGGCAUAAUAAUUCUUAUGACCCUCAUGAUAACUGUAUAUCUUUACAUGACGCGUAAAUUCAAGUAUUGGAAGAAGCGAGGCAUUUUGGAAAUAGCUCCAACGCCUUUUUUUGGCAAUUUCAAGGAGUGUCUAUUCCUGAGAAAAGCCCCGGCAUAUUUCCUAAAAGAACUCUACGAAGAAACGAAGGAACCUUACAUGGGCUUCUACGUGUUGGAUAAACCCUUCCUGCUGGUCCGCGAUCGAGAACUCGUCAAAAACAUUUUAGUGAAAGAUUUCAGUAAUUUCGCCGACCGAUACACAAUGGCGGAUCCGAACGAUCGCAUAGGUUACGCAAAUCUCUUUUUUAUGAAAAAUCCAACCUGGAAGACGAUAAGAACGAAACUCACGCCAUUCUUCACGUCUGGCAAAAUGAAGAAAAUGUUCGAUUUGAUGACAGUAUGUGUAAAGAAUUUAGACGAAUAUAUUGAUUCAUUACAAUUGGAAGGUAAUGGAAAGACGAUAGAAGUGAGAGAUUUAACCGCCCGAUUUACCACGGACAUAAUCGGCAGCACCGCUUACGGGCUCGACGUAAAUUCGUUUAAAAAUCCAAACGCGGAGUUUCGCAAAUACGGCAAGAUGAUAUUUGACUAUGAUUCGGUUCGCAGCUUUGAGCUGCUCUCGAUAUUUUUCCUCCCAACUCUAGUCCGUUUGGCACGUGUGAAGAUGUUCGGCAAAGAACCGACCGACUUUAUGCGUAGAGUUUUUUGGGAGACCCUCGCCCAGCGUACGGAAUCUGGCGUGAAGAGGAACGAUCUCAUCGAUAUCCUAAUCGAACUUAAAAAUAAUAAUAACAUUCAGGAGCAUAAAGAUUUCACAUUCGAUGGUGAUGAUCUUUUGGCACAAGCAGCCAGUUUCUUCUCGGCUGGUUUUGAAACUUCUUCAACGACUACGGCGUUUGCAUUGUACGAACUCGCGAUGCAACCUGAAUUACAAAACAUUCUGCGAAAAGAACUUCUCGAGGCACUCGAGAAAUCCAAUGGAAAAAUUACAUACGAUAUGGUAUGGUCAUUACCAUAUCUCGAUAUGGUGAUCUCUGAAACCUUGAGAAUGUAUCCGCCAUUGGGCUAUCUAAAUCGCGUGGCUAAAGAGACGUAUAAAGUGCCUGAAUUCAAUCUCGUAAUUGAGAAGGAUACACCAGUAUACAUCUCAAUGCUUGGCUUACAUUAUGACCCGGAAUAUUUUCCCAAUCCCAAUAAGUUCGAUCCAGAGCGAUUUAAUGAAGAAAAUAAACGUAACAGACCGGCAUGCGUCUAUUUCCCAUUUGGAGAAGGUCCACAUGCAUGUAUAGGCAAUCGCUUCGGACUCUUGCAAACAAAACUAGCACUGUUUAAGAUCUUGAGCAAAUGCGAAGUGACAACGUGCAAAGAGACUAUGAUACCAGUGCAAAUUGAUCCAAGAGGAGCUAUGACAGUGCCGUUAAACGGUGUAAUAUAUCUCAAUUUCCGAAAAACUAAUAUCAAUGCUAUUUAAAAUUUAGCACAAUUUUAUAUUUUAAGCCAUAAAAUAUAUAUAAUUAAUCCCUUUACUUUAAAU